AUGCCCAGCAUUACGCCAAUUAUCAGCAUUUUCUUAGCCAUGUCGAUACACAUCGUGUGUAACCCCAUGGACAACUCCCUCCAAAUGAGCACUAUCCAUUCGAAUACUGCAAUAAAUGAGGUGGUUCAUGAAAGUCUAGGCAUAUCUGGCUUACAAAACGAAGCUUUUGUACCACAGAAACAAGCAAAAGAACCCCACACAAUCUCGGGUUUUGUUACAUCCGGGCAGAACAGUCUAGGAAAGAUACAAUCUUCAAGCGGUUCAAAAGAGUCCAAGGGAAAGAAACUGUUUCGUUUUGAUUUGAACCUUCCAUUUGAAUCACAAUGUACCGAGGAGGAGGAUCAAGACCCUAAGCGUAGAAAAAUCAACGAUGGUAGAGAAACGGAUGAAGACAUUCAAGAGGUGGAGAACCAUCAUCCUGAUCACUGUCAAUAUUCCUCAUCAAGUGAUUCCAUGGGAUUACUUAGCAAACUAAAUCAACAUACAAGAGUCAUGGGAAAGGCAAGUGACUGCAGGAACAGCGUCCCAACUGAGGGUUACUCGUCGACGACAACCGAAAGUCAAUCCCAGCAGGCAGUACAACCAAUCUCACUGAUUGGAUCCUGUUCUAUGGAUCAGGGCGGGUCAAGUGAAAUUGUACAUAAAGGGAGAGCUCAGUUUCACAAAUAUCACUUCAAAAAAAGUGGUGCAUCGGUGAUGCUUCCUGAUCACAAAGUCCGAGUGAUAGGAAAUAGUUGGCAUAGUAUUCCGGAGAUCAAUCAUAUGUUUGAAAAGAUGGUCUAUCUGGGACGCCAGGUAGCUUCUGAGACAGGUCUUGAAAACGAGAUGAAACGUUGGUUCCAAUUACUCAAAAGAGAUAUAGUUAGCAAGCACAUCAAUUCGGUGAUCUUUCAACAAGAAUCAAGAAAGGUCUUCAGGACAUUAUCAAAAGCAUAUCGUCAGUUCACACUUGUAUUUCUAGGAAGUCUUCAAGUCAUUCACUCAACGCCAAAAGAAGAAAUGAAGGAACUGGUUUAUGAUGGAUGGGCUUUCAUUAUGAGGUAUUUGGAGGUAUGGAGAUGGAUCGACUUGGAGCAUUGUGAUGUUCCGACAAUGGCUAUCAAACCAGAAACACUUGAGAUAGAAAACCCUCUUCAAUUGUGGCACUAUUUGAUGGGGUUAGCAAGAACAUCAAGAAUGUCUCUAAUCGUUCUUUGGCGAUUUUGUAAUCAUUGGUACCAUUUGUCUUCCUACAAGAACAAGAUGAUGAUCAAAAACCAUCAAGACUUGCAUGUGAGAUGGCAUUAUCAUCUAGCAAAGGCCAAUUUACUCCCAGAUUGGGAGAUAGAGCCUGAGCCUCCAGCUACCAUAUCGAGCUCAGGGCAGUCUGGUCUUGAAAUCAAUAUGAAAAACACAAAAUCUCCUCUUUACAGAUUUAUACGAAAGGAGAAUUUUUCGGUGAAAGAAGGAAGAAGUAAAAGAUUUGUUGGGAUACUUAGAGAGGUAGGAAGAAAUACAUUGUUUACACUUAAUCCUCAACAAUUACCAUUUAAAUCUAUUCAAACCUAUUGUCAAACCAUGAAAAACAAAAAAUUAAAGUUACCUCAAGAAUGGCAAGGAAACUUUGAAUCAUUGAAACAAAAGACAAUCUUUGGAAUCAUUCCUUGUUUCCUUGGAAUGAUCCAACUUCUUCAUCCUAUUGAAGUUUCAAAUCAUCAACCAAAUCCUGCAAUACUUGAUGCCUUGAAGUUUAUGAAGGAAUUUUUGAGCGGAUGGGGAAAAGAUGACUUGGAAAAGUCUUUUAGAAUCAAUCCACUUGAGAUCAAGCAACUUUCUAAAUCUGAUGAACCUUCUAGGGAUUGCUUCAACUAG